AUGGCCCAGCAGCCUUUGCCCACGUCGGCGCAGCCAACCGACAUUUACGGCGGAGAUGAGGUCUCUGCCCUUGUUCUCGACCCCGGCUACUGCAACACGCGCGCAGGUUUUGCCGGCGAAGAUGUCCCCAAAUCAAUCCUGCCGUCCUUCUACGGCCACAUCACCAACGACCCCCCGCGAGACCUGUUUGGCGAUGAGUGCAUCAUCCCUCGCGACGACUUCGAGGUCCGCAACUACAUGAACAAGGACAGCGUCGUGGAGGAUUGGGAUGUCGCCGCCAAGAUGUGGGAAUUUAUGCUGGUCAAGCGCCUGCAGCCCGAGAGACAGACACCCCCGUCCAAGAAUGGGCUGAAUGACGAUGUGAAAGACCAGGACGGCGAGGGCGAUGUCGCGAUGGAGGAGAUUGAGGGCCAGGAAAAGCCUCUGGAGGAAUUCCCAUUGCUGAUGACGGAAGCUCCCUGGAACUCGCCCAAGGCGCGUGAAAAGGCCAUUGAGCUUAGCAUGGAGAGCUGGGGGACCCCGGCCUUUUGGUUGAGCCGGACGCCUGUUCUGUCCGCCUUCGCUGCUGGCAAAGCGACUGCGCUUGUCAUCGAUAUCGGCGGCGCAAACACCUCCGUCACAGCUAUCCACGACGGCAUGGUUCUCAAGCGAUCUAUCCAGCGAUCACCCGCGGGUGGGCUGUGGUUGUCUUCGCAGAUCCGCAACAUGUGGGAAACCUCUGAACCCAAGGUCGACUUGAUCCCGACAUUCAUGGUUGAGAAUAAGACUCCCGUGGAUGCCCUCGCUCCCGCCCAGGCACGACUACGCGAAUUCCCAUACAAGAUUCAUGACUCCUUCCGAGCAUUCGAAGAGGAGCGGCUGCUGACCGAGUUCAAAGAGUCCGUCGUCGAGGUUUGGCGUGGUCCGGGACGGUAUGGCGCCGCUGGGAAUGAGGAGUACAUCAAGUCACAGCCUGGCCGCGUAUUUGAGAUGCCCGAUGGCUACAACCAGAUGUGGCGCGAGCAGCGGUUCAAGGUGGCCGAGGGAAUGUGGGACGAGAACGCCGGAUACCCCGUUCCCGAGGCGGAGCGUCUCACCAAGGCUCAGACCAUUCCUGAGCUUAUCCGCUCUGCUCUCAACGCCAUCGAUGUUGACCUUCGGGGCAACCUACUCGCCAACGUUGUCGUUACUGGCAGCACAAGCUUGAUCAAUGGCUUCAACGACCGACUCAACAACGAGCUGACGGCCAUGUAUCCCGGAUUGAAGAUCAAGAUUCACGCGGCCGGCUUGUCGAGUGAGCGAAGGUUCGGUGCCUGGAUCGGCGGUAGCAUUCUGGCCAGUCUGGGUACUUUCCACCAAAUGUGGAUAUCCAAGAAGGAGUAUGAGGAAAACGGACCGGGCAUUGUUGAGAAACGAUGCAAAUAG